GGGCGGGGACCGGGGCGGGGGGGUCCCCCCACGCCCACGGGGGACCCUGACACCAGGCGCGGCGGGGGCGCCUGGGUUAGGGGCUGGGGCGGCGUGGGGACACGCACCCACACACAUACACACCCCAGGCACCCACACGUCCACGGCAUGCGUGUUUAUAGCCCUGCGCACGCACACGCGUGUAAGAGCGGCCGUGCCGGCUGUGCGCACACUCGCAGACACCCACGGAGCGCCGCUGCACGCGCGGCGGCGCACACGGGCGCGCGCGGCUCCGCUCACACACACGCACACGCGCACAGCUGUGCACACGCGUGUGCCCGCACGCACCGCCCCAUGCACGAGCAGGCGCCCGCUUCUGCGGAGGCGCUGCCCCGCACACGCUCGCACGCAACUGCCGUGCCACGCGUGAACACCAACGCGGCCCGUGCGAGCACAACGUUACAAGUACGCGCGCGCGUGGCACAGGCAUCAAAACCCGCGUGAGCCCGCGGAUACGCACGGCCGGAACGGGGACACCCUUGUGCGCGCAGGCACGCGCAGAAACACGCACGUGAACACCCACGUGAAAACACACCCGAGCACCCGAGCGAGCAGAAACCGACGUGAACGCACACGCACGGACACAGACACGCACGUGAGCGCGCACGGGCACCCCCCACAAGAUGCCACCGUCCCUGACUGCCACCAUCAACAUCCGGGAGCCCCGCUGGGACCAGAGCACCUUCCCGGGGCGGGCCAAGCACUUCUUCAUGGUGACUGACCCCCGAAACCUGCUGCUCUCGGGGGCCACGCUGGAGGAAGCCCGACGGGUGGUGGAGGACUACAGGGCGGGCACGGUGCCCCCAGGGCUGACGGAGGACCAGCUUUGGCGGGCGAAGUACAUCUACGACUCGGCUUUCCACCCCGACACGGGCGAGAAGAUGCUCCUCGUGGGACGUAUGUCCGCCCAGGUCCCCAUGAACAUGACCAUCACUGGUUGCAUGUUGACCUUCUACAGGACCACACCAGCUGUGCUCUUCUGGCAGUGGGUCAACCAGUCCUUCAACGCCAUUGUCAACUACACCAACCGCAGCGGGGAUGCACCCAUCACCCCCAGCCAGCUGGGGACAGCCUAUGUGAGUGCGACCACGGGGGCGGUUGUCACAGCACUGGGGCUCAAAUCGCUCACCAAGCACUUGCCAGCCAUCAUCGGCCGGUACGUGCCUUUCGCAGCCGUGGCUGCUGCCAACUGCAUCAACAUCCCGCUGAUGAGGCAGAGAGAACUCAAGCUGGGGAUCCCCGUCAUGGAUGAGAAUGGGAACCGCCUGGGCGAGUCCACAGCUGCAGCCCAGAAGGCCAUUUUCCAGGUGGUGGUGUCCCGCAUCGGCAUGGCAGCCCCGGCCAUGGCCAUCCCCCCAGUGAUCAUGAACGCUCUGGAGAAGAGAGCUUUCCUGAAGCGGUACCCGUACCUGAACGCUCCUCUGCAGGUCGGCCUGGUGGGACUCUGCUUGGUGUUUGCAACCCCGCUGUGCUGCGCACUCUUCCCACAAAAAAGCUCAAUGUCUGUGAGCCGUCUGGAGCCUGAAGUCCAAGCUCGGAUCCAGGAGAAAGACCCACGGUUGGAGACCGUCUACUUCAACAAAGGGCUCUGAAGGGGGGUCCCAGGGCGGCCGAGAUGGGUGCCGCAGAGCCACUGAGCUGGCGCACUGCUGAGCUUUGCCCCUUGGAGCCCCUCGGGGCUGCCGCUGCUUUCCCUUGGCCGUUGUGUGUCCGUAGGUCCCAGGUGCUCAUCCCUGCUUCCCAGGAUGCCCACAGCCACGCAGCACCGCCCCGAACCCCGUCCCCGUGCCUGGGCUCAGCCCUGCUCUGGGGACCUCCCGGCUGGCACCCCGGUGCGUUUCUCCCGCGCUCGCCAUGCGUGUGGCUGUAGCUGCGUGCGGUGCACAAGGGAGAGUGGUUGCACCCCCCCCUGCAAGCGGGGAUGUGGGGUGAGGAAGAAAAUGGUGCUCCCCAGCUUUAGGAGGCAGUGGACAAUCAUGGCGUUUGAGGGUCGAACCCCUCUGCAGGCACCCCACGUUCCCCAGUAGUUCAGCAGCUGGUGCCUGGGGAUGGCACAGCAGCUUUCAGAGAGGAAAACUCCCCAUAUCCAAAAUAGCCGUGAGUGAUUUCAAGCGCACACGGUGGCUUGAACCCACAGGGUCCCUCCCAGCCCGGGUGUGUGCUCUCGGAUCACCCUCUGCUCUCCUCUUGGCUGCUCUGGGGAUUUAAUCUGGCUUUCUGCUCCUUCCAUCUCCAGAGCAAAUGGCACAUUUUAAUCCCAGCAGAGAGUCACCCUUUUCAUUCUCAUUUUAAUGCCAUCUAUGUUCAGGGCUGGGCUCCCCCCGAGGGGUCACUCAACCCCCUCCUGGAGUGCUUGCUUUCAGGUGGACCUUCUCAAAUAGCUUUAAGUGCACUGUGGUUUCCUUUAGUUAUUUUUUAUAUACAUAUAAUGUACCUAUAUAUACCAAGUAAUAAAGGCAGGUUGUUUAUACGAAACCAAAAGCAAAGA